AUGGGUAUUAAUCACGGGUAUGAUGUAUGUGAUUUCUUCUUAACAAAUUCUGAAUUAAGAAACAAUUCAACAAAUCCUAAAUUAAAAUGCAAUAUUUAUAUUGAUGGGUAUGUUUUGUGGCGGUCGGGUACGAUUCCUGGUACUGAUUUAAUUGAUGAAAAUAUUGUAGAGGGAAAUAUCGAAGGCAUACGUCAAUAUAUAAUGAGUACUGGUAAUUUCGAUGUUCAAUCUACAUUCAUUUAUUUUGACGGUCAACCUCCAAAAUUGAAACGAUCUGAUAAUCUUGGAUUUAUAUACCCUGAUAGCCAACUUGGACGAUGGAUUGAAAAAGUUCGAGGAUCAGGUUAUCCAGGCGAAAUAGUCUUACUGGAAAAAGGCGAAGCAGAGAUUCAAUGUUUUUUACAGCGUGAUAGGUCAAUUGCAUCUAUUAUAUGCACAUCAGAUAGCGAUGCGUUACAUAUUUGUUAUAAUGAUAAUUCUCAACGACGUAGUGAUAGGGUAUUUUUUUAUAGGCUUAACUAUCAACAUCGUGAAUGUGAAAAACUAUAUGAUACUAAUUUAUUUACAACUAAGUUUAACAAAAAUGCAUUUACAUUGUUAUUGUAUUUACUUGGAGAUAAAAAUUAUAUUAAAUCGUUAUUUACGCCAUCGAUGGUAAAGAAAAUCUUUGAGUUAUUAAAUGAGCCAACUUACGCAGACAUUUUUAAUCGUAUCAAUACAACAAUGAAUGAAUUGAAAUUGAAUAUUGAUAAUAUUGAAAAGUGUAUUGCUUUUUUUAUAAGGUUGCUGUGUGAUGCUAGAAAAAACAAAAUCAGUCAGGGAAAAAAAAGAGAUACAGUUUCAUGGCCGCAAUCAAAUACAAUAAUGAGCACAGGAAAUUAUAUUCACGUUCUUCGUUGGAUGAUAAUGUACUCAAGUAUGGGUAGUAAUGUUGAAUAUUAUGACAAUUUUGAAUUAAUAGAACCGGUUGGGGUCGAAGAAAUAACAAAUCUUAAAUAUAUAUAUCGAUUAUGCGUUAGAGUUUUUCCUCUGGACGAUAAUGUCAUUCAAGAUUUUAAAAAAGAAAUUGAACAUCAUAUGAACAAUGUUGCGAUAGAUAGAUUAAAUUGA